AAGAGAUUAGGAAACUGCGCCUAAAUCGGACCCCCAGAAAACGCCAUCUUGGCUCGAGCGACGCUGCAAAAACGACUGGAAUCUGGGGCCCACUUUUCCUGGCCAUUUCGGCUCUGGUCAGAGCAGUUUCCCGGGCGAUAGAGGGAGGAGCCGGGGCAUUUCUGGAAGUCGGAGAAACAGCCAGUCAAAGCCAGCCAGCAUCUGAGCCAGCGAAAGAACCGGAGCAGCGGUGGACGUCGGGUCGGCUGUGUUGGAAUACGACAGAAAUCCAAUAUAUUCAAGCACAGACGGUGUGCGCGGCGGAGCGGUCGUGGACAUGAAUGUGAAGGUCUUCCAUUUGGGUUCGGGAAGCUGAAGCGUAUUGCAGCCCCGCGUUACGUUUUUCGGUGGGAUAAGCCGUCUGUGAUACACUGGGCGUGCACAGCGCAAUAACGGAGCAAGCCAACCUGCGAUUCCAGCGACAGCUAAGCUCACAUUAACCCAGCUAGCCAACCAUUUUCGAGAGCCUCGUUAGCUUGCGGCGAAGGGAGCGUCUUGGUCAGUAAGGGAAGCAUCCGCGGAUGCUGCUGAAGGGAACUCCUGUGCCGGGCGACAUCCACCAGUAAUAUACAAACCCGAGGCAUGCGAAGAGGGGUGUUUUUCUGCACACGAGUGAGGAAAUCUCCACGCCCCGGGGUCUGCUCUGUGGCUACUAUUUAGCUAGCUCGCUGGCUAGCCUGUCUACCAGGAGAGUAGCUCGGGAGAAGGUGGGGCCGCGGAGUGACAGCAUUGGGACGCCAGCUAAUGUGGCUAGCCGGCUAAGUUGGACACACGACUGGCCGCUGGUUUUCCCGUUUAUCACACUGUGUGGGGGUUUAGAAGAUACCAGGACACACAGUAACCCCCAUUCAACAAGAAAAUAGGUUGUCAUUGAUUCCUUCAGAAGCCGCGGUGUGGGUGGGAUAUCUUGUGGAGAGCAUCCUCGUUUACCUGGAUGACCAUGGCGGACGACGACGUGCUGUUCGAGGAUGUCUACGAGUUGUGCGAGGUGAUUGGCAAGGGUCCCUUCAGUGUGGUAAGGCGUUGCAUCAACAGGGACACCGGCCAGCAGUUUGCUGUAAAGAUUGUUGAUGUGGCCAGCUUCACCUCCAGCCCUGGCCUCAGCACAGAAGAUCUGAAGCGAGAAGCCAGCAUCUGCCACAUGCUGAAACACCCCCACAUCGUGGAGCUGCUGGAGACUUACAGCUCUGACGGCAUGCUCUACAUGGUCUUUGAAUUUAUGGAUGGUGCAGACCUGUGUUUUGAAAUUGUGAAGAGAGCUGAUGCUGGGUUUGUCUACAGCGAAGCAGUAGCCAGUCACUAUAUGAGGCAGAUUCUGGAGGCACUUCGAUACUGCCAUGACAACAAUGUGAUUCACCGUGAUGUAAAGCCUCACUGUGUGCUGCUGGCCUCAAAGGAGAACUCUGCUCCAGUGAAGCUGGGAGGCUUUGGAGUGGCAAUACAGCUGGGAGAGUCUGGUUUAGUAGCCGGAGGUCGAGUUGGUACACCCCACUUCAUGGCUCCAGAGGUGGUAAAAAGGGAACCUUAUGGCAAACCGGUGGAUGUCUGGGGAUGUGGAGUCAUCCUCUUCAUCCUGCUUUCUGGCUGCCUACCUUUCUAUGGCACUAAGGAGCGCUUGUUUGAGGCCAUCAUCAAAGGGAAAUACAAGAUGAACCCACGCCAAUGGGCCCACAUUUCAGAGAGCGCCAAGGACCUGGUGAGGCGCAUGCUGAUGCUUGACCCAGCUGAGAGAAUCACUGUCUAUGAGGCUCUCAACCACCCCUGGCUGAAGGAGAGGGACAGGUACGCCUACAAGAUCCACCUGCCUGAAACAGUUGAGCAGCUGAGAAAGUUCAACGCCAGGAGGAAGCUGAAGGGUGCAGUGCUGGCUGCCGUUUCCAGCCACAAGUUUAAUUCCUACUACGGUGACCCUCCUGAGGAGCUCCAUGACUUCUCAGAUGAUCCCACCUCCUCAGGACUGCUAGCUGCUGAAACAGGGGCAGUAUCACAGGUUUUGGAUAGUCUAGAGGAGAUUCAUGCAUUGACAGAUUGCAGUGAGAAGGACAUGGACUUCCUGCACAGUGUCUUCCAGGACCAGCACCUCCACACCCUGUUAGAUCUUUAUGACAAAAUCAACACCAGGUCGUCCCCUCAGAUCCGAAAUCCUCCAAGUGAUGGAGUGCAGAGAGCCAAAGAGGUACUGGAAACCAUCGCCUGCUAUCCAGAGAACAUGGAGGCUAAGGAGCUCAGGAGGAUCCUCACACAGCCACAUUUCAUGGCUCUGCUGCAGACCCACGAUGUGGUGGCACACGAGGUCUACAGCGACGAGGCACUGAGGGUGACCCCCCCGCCUACUUCACCGUAUCUGAACGGAGACUCACCGGACAGCACCAACGGAGACAUGGACCUGGAAAAUGUCACCAGGGUUCGGCUGGUCCAGUUUCAGAAGAACACUGAUGAGCCCAUGGGCAUUACUCUGAAAAUGAACGACCUCAACCACUGUAUUGUGGCCCGCAUCAUGCAUGGUGGAAUGAUCCAUCGGCAAGGGACUCUGCAUGUAGGAGAUGAGAUCCGGGAGAUUAAUGGCAUCAGCGUUGCCAAUCAGACGGUAGAACAGCUCCAGAAGAUGCUGAGAGAGAUGAGGGGAAGCAUCACCUUCAAGAUUGUACCCAGUUACCGAUCCCAGUCAAUGUCUUGUGAGAAAGAGUCACCAGAUUUAUCGCGACAGUCGCCUGCAAACGGGCAUGCUAGCGUCACCAGCUCCAUCCUGGACCUGCCAUCAACUAUUCAGCCUAAAGGCCGUCAGAUCUCCAGACCUGCUAUCAAGGACAAAUUGUCCAUCAAGAUUUAUGUACGUGCUCAGUUCGAGUAUGACCCGGCAAAAGACGACCUCAUCCCAUGCAAGGAGGCGGGCAUUCGCUUCCGGGUAGGUGACAUCAUUCAGAUCAUCUCCAAGGAUGACCACAACUGGUGGCAGGGAAAGCUGGAGAACACAAAAAAUGGCACGGCAGGCCUCAUCCCCUCACCUGAACUGCAGGAGUGGCGUGUGGCAUGUAUAGCAAUGGAGAAGACCAAACAGGAACAGCAGGCCAGUUGUACCUGGUUUGGCAAGAAGAAGAAGCAGUACAAAGACAAAUACCUGGCCAAGCACAACGCAGUGUUUGAUCAACUAGAUCUGGUGACAUACGAGGAGGUGGUCAAACUGCCAUCAUUCAAGAGAAAAACAUUGGUUUUACUUGGUGCACAUGGAGUAGGUAGGAGGCACAUCAAGAAUACGCUCAUUACCAAACAUCCUGACCGCUUUGCCUACCCUAUCCCUCACACAACUCGGCCUCCCAAGAAAGACGAGGAGAAUGGAAAGAACUACUACUUUGUGUCUCACGAGCAGAUGAUGCAGGACAUCAGCAACAAUGACUACUUGGAGUAUGGCAGCCACGAGGAUGCCAUGUACGGAACCAGGCUGGAGACCAUCAGGCAGAUCCAUACCCAGGGCAUGAUCUCCAUCCUAGACGUUGAGCCACAGGCACUAAAGAUCCUCAGGACAGCUGAGUUUGCACCAUAUGUUGUCUUCAUUGCGGCUCCCACCAUCACCCCUGGCAUGACUGAGGUCCCAAAGUGGUGCAGGAAACUGCCUGACGAAUCUCUUCAGCGGCUCCAGAAGGAGUCGGAGAUGCUGCAGCAAACGUACGCUCACUAUUUUGACCAGACCAUCAUCAACAAUGAGAUCGAUGACACCAUUCGCCUGCUGGAGGAGGCCGUAGACAUGGUGUCCACCACUCCUCAGUGGGUUCCGGUCUCCUGGGUCUACUGACAUACGCUCAAUGGCAAUGAGCUCAUCGGCCUCAACGACCCAUCUCUGAUUCAACAUGGAAUCUAAACUCUGAAUCAUGUCUCUCAUCAGAAUCACAUUUCUGUAGAUAAACUGUUAUUGAAGAAGAGAGAAAUGAAGAAACUAAUGACUGAUGUCUCAUUACAGAGACUUCAUCCUCCUCCUGAUCCCCUUUUCUCGACAGCCUGAAAGGCAUAUUGUUGUGUAAAUAUAUACAUAUAUAUAUAUAAAUGACUAAAAAACUAAGUGAAUAUGGUUCUGUCCUCAUGUAGUUGAAUGGUGGGGGAGUGCUGGGGCAGUGUAGUAGAUAUUUUGUACUUUUCUUUUGUAAUUGAUGAUGGAUGGUAAUAUUGGAAAGGCAAUAGCGAGCAUGACCAUAAAGCAGUCUUAUGGGGUUGCCUGUGUGCGUGUUGACCUUUUAAGGCACUCCUUGUGGUACUCUGUCCUCCUCUCUAAUGUCCCCUCGGCUCCUGUGACAAAUAAGCCGAACUUGGAAGCACACUAGAAGCUGCUAUAGUGGCAACAACUAACUCCCUCAGCUCCACAUGUACGUUUGAGUGAAGCAAAAAGCACAGGAAACUUGGCAGUUUCUUUUUUUGUCCCUCAGCCCUUAUUUAUUUCACUGGCCCUUUGUGCCUUUCAGUUUGUUGAAUGAGCACACUGCAUCCUUCUGUCGUCUCUCCCUGUGUUGCUGUAGCCUAAUGUCCUAUGCUUCCCCUCCCAGCCUUUAACGGUCUUUGUUUACAUCUCAGUUUGCACAAAAUGGACAAUGAAGAAAGCGUGUACUGCAUUUUGUCACCUCGGUUCUCAUUACGUCUCGCCCACUCUCUGGCUGUCUUUACUCUGCUCCCUUGUACACAAAAUACAAAAUCAGCGGACCUGGAACCUUGUUCUCGAGACAUUACCAGCUAUGAAAGAAGAGCACUGACAUUCGCCACUAAACACGGCUCCUGAAGUGGAAACAACAAAACUAAAUAAUAAAAAAAAAAUAGGAGAUAAACUGCCUUAUCAGAGCCUUGGGGAAGAAGUCGCUAACACCUAUGCACACCCCUGGUUUCUGCCAGGCAGACCGCCACGACAACCAUUUCCUUCUUUCCUGAUACUCAGUGAGCCAUGCUUGUUAAAACUUUAGUGUUCAUAGGAAUGUUUGUGUGGAAGGACCGGGCUUCAUGUAGGCGGGAUGAAUCCAAUCCUAGAGCCACCAUUUUGGAACUGUUAACUGUUGUCUUCAAAAAUAUAAAAAGGAGUAUUCUUGUUUUGGGGAGGGGAAAGAAAAUUAAAUUUUGUGUGUAAAUGUUUCAAUGGUGCGUACGUCAUGAGUGAACUACCAAGAGCCAGUGUAUAUUAACCCUUAAAAGAAGCUCAGUAUGUGACAUAACCUCUUCAUGCUUUACCAGAAGUGGCACAACACACUCCCACUUACAGUAUGUAUGGCACAUCAGUUGAAGGCUUGAGGAGUGGAAAAUAUAAUAAUAAAAAUUUUAAAAAAGUCAAUAUUUCAAACUGUGGUUUGGUUGCCGUUGUGCCACUCUGAGUAAAGUGUCUUCAUUUCAAGUCCUGUGUAAAUUACCUCUGAAAAUGAGAAAAGCAGCUCUUCUGUAUGAAAUGUUGUUCUUUUUUGUUAUUUCAUUUUUAAAAAAAUAUAUAUUUCCUUUUACGUGUUUAAAGUAAA